CGUGCCGUAGACAACAUGACUCGCGUUCAGGUCGGGACAAUGUCCGUGCUGCUAGUCCUGCUGGUGGCCACCACCCAGGCAGCCGUCGUGCGCAGCUUUCCCCCAUUCGAGCAGCUGCAGAGCUUGGAGCAUCCCAAUCUCAGAGCUGUAGUUCCAUUCGCCGACGAAGAAAACUAUCGCCUGCCCAACGAAACGAACCCCCUUCACUACGACGUCUACCUGUCCACCGAUGUCCACCUGGGCGACACGGGCUUCAAUGGCACGGUAUCGAUUACCCUCGAGGUUCUGGAGGCCACACAGAGCAUCGUCGUCCAUGCCCGCCAGCUGGAGAACUUCACCGCCACUAUCCAGCAGCUCGAGGUCGAGGCAGCCACCGAGCAGACUCUUACCUUUGCGUACGAGGCAGAACGGGAGUUCCUUACUCUGAGCCAGACGGGUCUGAGCUUCCCGGCCGAUACCAAGUGGCUGCUGAAGAUCAGCUACCAGGGCAAUCUGCGCACGGACAACGGCGGCUUCUACCUCUCCACAUACACGGAUGAGGAGGGUAAUACCAAGUACCUGGCCACCACCCAGUUCGAGAGCACCGACGCCCGUCACGCCUUCCCCUGCUACGAUGAGCCAGCGAAGCGCGCCAAUUUCACCAUCACCAUCAAGCACGAUCCUUCGUACAACGCCAUCAGCAACAUGCCCCAGAACGAGACUGCCUCCAGCUCUGGAGUAACUGCCUUCAAUACGACCGUUAACAUGCCCACCUAUCUGGUGGCCUUCAUUGUCUCCGAAUUCGUCUACUCGGAGGGAGAGUUGAACGGCUUGCCACAACGCGUCUUCUCCCGCAAGGGCACCGAGCACGAGCAGGAGUGGGCCCUGACCACCGGCAUGCUGGUGGAGAAGCGUCUGUCCGACUAUUUUGGAGUCAAGUUUGCCCUGCCAAAGCUGGACCAGGCCGGUAUUCCCGAUUUCGCUGCCGGCGCCAUGGAGAACUGGGGCCUGGCCACCUACCGCGAAGAGUACAUUCUGUACAACCCGGAGAACUCGACGAUCAACACCCAGACGAACAUUGCCACCAUCGAAGCUCACGAGGAUGCGCACAUGUGGUUCGGUGAUCUGGUCGCCAUCGAAUGGUGGUCCUAUCUCUGGCUUAAGGAGGGAUUCGCUACACUCUUUGAGCAUCUGGCUGUGGAUUUGGCCUAUCCGGAAUGGAACAUUUUCCAGAUCUUCCAUGCCGGCUCCUACCAAAGCGCCCUGAUCAACGACGCCAUUCCCACUGCCCGUCCCAUGUCCUACUUUGUGCAGAAGCCCUCGGAGAUCGGCCUGCUCUAUGACUCGGUAUCGUACGCAAAGGCUGGCUCGGUACUGGACAUGUGGCGCCAUGCCCUGACCAACACCGUCUUCCAGCGCGGUCUGCACAACUACUUGGUGGCCAAUCAAUACUCGGCCGCCAAUCCCAACCAAUUGUUUGCUGCCAUUGCCCUCGCUGCCGUCGAGGAGAACUACGAGGUGCCCGCACUCGUCUCUGACAUGAUGGCCAGCUGGACGAACCAGGGUGGAGUGCCUCUCCUGACAGUGGAGCGCAACUACAACGAUGGCUCCUUCACCAUCAAGCAGGAGGUGUACACCAACGACAAGAACUACACAAACGAAAAGCUGUGGUACGUGCCCGUCAACUACGUGGAUGCCUCGAACCCCGACUUCCGCAACACUGAGGCCACCCACUACCUACUUAACCAGAGCCAAAUUAGCAUCUCGGAUGCCAAGAUCGCUGCCGAUAAUUGGCUUAUCCUGAACAAGAAGUCCACUGGCUACUACCGCAUCAACUACGACAGCCAGAACUGGCAGCUCAUCAUCGACGGACUGAUCAAUCGUCCCCACAAAAUCGAUCCCCGCAAUCGGGCCCAGCUGAUCAGCGAUCUGUAUCGCUUCGCCACCAGCGGCCGUGUGCCCCACGCCACUCUCCUGACCCUGCUCACAUACCUGCCCAACGAGGAUCAGUACGCUCCCUGGUCGGCGGUCAAUACGGUGAUCACUCUGUUCAACCACUACCUCAGCGGCGAUUCCGAUUACGAGAACUUCCAGUUCUACGUGGCAGAGUUGGUCAACCAGCAGUUUGACAAGUUCGGAGUGAACGAUCUGAACGGCGAGCAGCACUUGGUGAAGUUCACGCGCAACCUGCUCAUCAACAUCGCUUGUCUGGCUGGUGUCGAGAGCUGCCUGAAGGAUACCCAGGCAAAGCUGCAGAGCCUGGUCGAUGAUGGCACCACCGUCGAGCCCAACCUCCAGGCGCAGGUCUACUGCAAUGGCCUCAAGCAGGCCGACGCGAAGAUCUUCGACUUUGUCUUCGAUAAGCUGAUGGACUCCAACGACCAGGCCGAGCGUCGCCUGCUCAUCUCGGCUAUUGGGUGCUCACAGAACUCUACUCAGCUGGAUAAGUUUGUAUCGAGCAGCAUUGACCAGACCAAUGGCCUGCGCGUCCAGGAGCGCAUCACUCUGCUGUUUCCGGCCUAUUCCCGCGGAGAGGUUGGUCUGCUGGCAUCGAUUGACUUCCUGCUGGUGCACUGGGAGGAGUAUGCCCUUUUGAACACAGGCUUCGGUGGCAUUAAUCCCCUAUACUCUGACAUCUUUGGCAUAUCCACCUAUUGUGUGAACGAGAAACAGAGGCUUAAGCUGCAGGAGCUGGUGGACCUGGUCAAGGGCUCCAUCUUCGUUCCCGACACGCUGCAAGCAAGCGUCGAUGCCAAUAUUGCUUCCAACUACGAGUGGCUGAAUGUUAACCGUGAGCCUCUGAUGUCCUGGGUCUCCAACUUCCGCAACAGCAGCCCUGCCCUGAACAUCUCCUUCCUGGCCCUGGUCCUGUGCCUUUUGGCCUCCAAACUGUUUUAGUUUCUAGUCCCCUAAGUCCUAAUUUAUAAGUAGUUGAGCUCGUUCGUUGGUCAGCUGACAGGGCCACGGCGAGAACUAUUCAUCAAUAAAACUCCAUUACAUAAGACAA